CUUCCGGGGUAGGAGGGGGAGGCUGAGGUGACCCCGGGAGCCGACGCCGAGGCCGAGGCCCGGGCUUCGGAGGCAGCAGUCAAAAAUGGGUGCGCACCUUGCUCGGCGCUAUUUCUGGGACGCGGAGGUGGAGCCCGACCCGUUGAAGAUGCCCACCUUUCCUCCGGAUUAUGGCUUCUCGGGACGCAAGGAGCGAGAGAUGGUGGCCACACAGCAAGAAAUGAAUGAUGCACAGCUGAUGCUGAAACAUCGGGAUUACUGCGCACACCAUCUCAUCCGACUACUCAAGUGUAAGCGGGAUACCUUUCCCAACUUCCUGGCCUGUGGCCAUGAGAAGCACGUCUGGGACCUCUGCGAGCACCAGGACUAUGUGGGCCGAAUGAAAGAGUUUGAGCGGGAACGGCGUUUAUUGGCACGACAGAAGCGUCGGGCAAAGAGUGAAUCUUCAGCAUCACAGUAGCCACAACCAUACUAGGACCCCAGCUCUAUCCCCAUAACUAUGUACCAACUGAAUAAACAUUUUUUGGCCUUCGAA